UGAUACUGCACAGCUUGAACAUUCACGACUUCGGAAUCGUUACAAGAGAAUCACACUCUUUAAAAUGAAACUGCAGUUGUCCAUAACUUUGCUCGCGUACUUGCUGCAUUGUUCCUUUGCGGAAGUGGCUAAUCUACCAGACGAAUUUUGUGAUGAAGGUCCCCCCGGAAAGUACUGUCUCCCGGAUUUAACAGGAUGGCAUAACUGUUACAUUGAUAAAGAGACUGGCAAAAUGGUGGACAAAAUCACUUCAUGUUCUUCAAACACAAGAUGUGUUUGUUUUAAUGGUCCCCCGUGCCCAGACUCCAUCGAAGAUCCCUGUCAGCCUUUCCGACUUCCUCCACCACCUCCCGAUAAAUACACCCUGUACUACAACUCCAAAGAAACAGUGUACUCACCUGCGGGGAAAACGACCACUUACAUUUCUGGGAGAGAAUUACAGUCUCUGACUGAUCAUAAAAAGAGGGACGAUGCUUAUGGACCGAGGUACGCGACGUCUACUUUCGUUUUACCAAGAGACGGCGGUGGUUUUAAUCAGACUGAUGUUCGAAGGGAUACGGAGCAGUGCGUAACUCAGCAAAUAAAAACUUUUCCUGAAUCUCAAGUUCCCCCCUACUUCAGCUUCAACGGCACAGUCCAAGUCGGCUACCUACUCUGCGAGAAAUGGAUAUGGAGGAAUGGGGGCCACAAUAUAGGGCAGCCAACAUACUUCGCCGCUUACUACAUUUCAAAUCAAACGAAUGCUGCCAGCGACCGCGACGAAGACCCGUUUGUGCCAGUCAGGAUAGAGUCUUAUUACAAUUCGGGGCCCUCCGGAAAAACAUCGACCCAAAAGGUGCUAAACAUCACCUCUUUUCAUCGUGACGUCGAUGAAGAGUUGUUUAAUUUGCCCAGUUUUUGUUAGAAUCGAUCACCAAGAGCUGACAGUAUGAAAUCUAUCGUUGAACAUGAAAUUUUUGCGGGAGAUUUUUUUUCUUUUUUUUCUGUUUUUUGUUUUUGUAUUUUUGUUUUUUUGUUUUUUGUUUUUGCAGGAAUAAGAUGUUUGUGAUCUUCGCUCUGUUUUAAGCAAUACAACAUUAUGAAAAGGAAAGGAACUAAGUUUUCCACUGUAUCCCUUUGGAUCUUCUGUGUGAAAUACGAACUGUAUUCGCCAUAUUGGACGUUUUGUUACUCAUGCCAGAUUUUCCACUCGUUCAACAUGGCGACCAAAUGUCCACCCCAUUGAAGCUCGCGCUUGGAAACACAAACUUCCACACGCAAGCAGAGUACUUCGCACAAGGACAUUAUCAUUUGACGAAAGCUAAAGCCGAAAUUGUCGAGCCGUAUAUUGCUUUUUUGUUUGUUUGGUUGUUUUCGUCGGGAGAUUAUCACUACUGACCGAAAACAGCCCCUAAAACCCGCAAAAUUUUCAAGUUAGACGGUAAUUUCCGACAGAAUUUCAAGAAAACGAUUUUUUGACGCGAUCAGUUAACGACGUAGAUGCAUGUUGAACCUAUCAUGAUGAGUAGAUUCAAUAGUUUCUGUUUUGAUGACUUGAUUGACAUGCAUUCCUUGAAAUUUUUAUGAAGUUGACAACAAGUAUCUAUAAGGCAGAAAAAUGAUGUUAAAGAAAAAUGAUAUGGCUUCGUGAUGUUUUAGCAAAUCUUUUGAACCAAGUAAAACAUGCAAAGAAUAAAGAUUUUUCAUCAACACAAAAAAUUA